AUGAAGUCAGGGAAGGAGGUCAAGGAAGGAGGUCAGCCUGAGGUCAAGGGGAAGGGGAGGAGGAGGAAGUGGAUGGUGCCAUCCUUUUCAUGCUCCCCGUGGCUUGUAGGUAGCAGAAUAGAUAGCAGGAUGGAAGGUGAUCAGGACAUGCUGCUGCUGAUAUUCUUCUGCAAGCCAUGGCCACUAUCAACAGCCAGUAAAUUGAUGAGAAUCGAGUUAGCUAGGGCUACCAACUCGCCUUGUCAAUUCAACGAACGAGUGAACAAAAGUAAAGCCCGAUAUAAGGGCCAUGGCCGCGCUGUUGCUGCUGGAUGCCUCAAGACAAAGCGAUGCGAUGCCUAA